GCUGAAGUUGUACCUAUAUUAGAUUAAAAAUAAUAACAAAUUUGUAACAUUAUAAUAAAAAACAGUAAUGAAACAAAUAAAUAUUACAAAAUAAAAAUACAAUUCGAUCACCGAACAAUACUUUGCUCAUAACCACGAAACUAUACAGUGUUUAUAUUGUUACAUAUCUUGUAGGGAUAUUAUUAAAAUUUGUAUGUGAUGAUGAACGCAUAAACAUAAUGAUAUUCAGGCUAUUUAUUAUGUUUGUGACAGGAGGUUCAUACAAUUCCUUUAUCAGAACAUUUGAAAAUCAUUUGGAUUUGCCGUUUAAGGUACAGAAUGAAACGAACUUGUUAUUUCAGACAAUUAGGCUAAUUGGAAUGGUUCUAUAAUGAGGAUUAAAUUACUUUGAUUCAUUACAAAAACUUAAUGAUAAUACAUUGAAAAGCUUCAUAGAUAAUGCUUUUGUAAAUACUAAUGAAUAUACAUAUAUAAACACUUGAGUCUAACAAGAGAGAGCCACGCCACAGUCUAACAACUAUCCCCAAUCUAUUAACAAGAAUAAAAUAACCAUCGGGUCAAUACCAUGAGUUUCCUGAGUAGAGUGAAAGAAAAACUGUGGAGGAACGGUCAAAACCGAAAGAAAAUAUUUCUAAGAAAUACAUCAUUGGAGUUGUUAAAAUACGUCAUCGGUGAUAGACAUUUAUGGUGGAUAAAGCUAUACUUUAUAAUAAUUUUUGCUUCGCUUAUUUAUGUGGCCGUAAACUUAGCGGUUCGCGUUUUUGUUAAAUGGGAAGACACGCCAGUGAUUAUUGGAAUUAGUUCAACUAUGACUCCAAUUAGUAAGAUUCCAUUCCCAGCAAUAACGGUUUGUAAUAUGAAUCAGGCAAAGAAAUCGAAAGUAGAAGAUUUAAUACCUGGAUCGCUAGGAUAUUCCAUGCUACAGAAAACUUGUUAUAAAGAGAAUACUUAUGGCAAUUUUACAAAAUCGAAUCAUCGUUAUAAAAACGAAACGUUCCCCAACUUUAUACUAAAUGUUUCUGAGAGAUGCGAAGAUUUGAUAGUGUCAUGCAUGUUUCAUAAAAAAAAGUUACCAUGCACUGAUAUCUUCAGAGAAAUCUUUGUAGAUGAGGGCUUGUGCUGUGUAUUCAAUUUGUUGCAUCCAUAUUAUUUAUACAAAUUCAGGCCAACAUACAUUCGGGACUACACCGCAACGAAUAGGUUUGCAGACAUUGCAGUGGAUUGGAAUCCUAUAUCUGGCUAUCCACCGAAACUACCGUCCAGCUAUUACCCGCGGCCAGGAGUUGGCGUUGGCAUUGCUAUGGGUUUACAAAUAAUACUCAAUGGUCACGUGAAUGAUUAUUUUUGUUCCUCUACAAAUGGACAAGGAUUCAAAGUGUUAUUGUAUAACCCAAUCGAUCAACCACGUAUGAAGGAAUCUGGAUUACCAGCAAUGAUCGGGCAUCAGACAACAUUUCGUAUAAUCGCGCGGAGCUUUGAAGCCCUGCCCAGCAUUCGUAACAUCCAUCGAACGAAACGACAAUGUAUUUUUAGCGAUGAAGAAGAACUUUACUUUUAUCGUUAUUAUACGCGACGCAACUGCGAAUCUGAAUGCGAUGCGUUGUUCUUCCUUCGACUGUGUGAUUGUAUUCCAUACUAUCUGCCGUUGGUAUUUUCUAACGCUACAGUUUGUGAUGCGGCUCAGUUUGAUUGCUGGAAUAAUGCGGAAUUACAGAUCUUUGACAAGAAAAGAUCUGAAUGUAAAGAUUUGUGCCUAACCAGUUGUCAUGAUCUUACGUUCUUUCCUGAUGCUUUCACAACACCUUUUAGCCAAAAGGACCUGAAGGCCCAGAGUGAUUAUUUAAAGAAUUUAUCAAAUGAAUAUAUCCGAAAAAACUUGGCAGUAGUAAAUUUCUACUUCACAGAAAAUUAUUUUAGAAGCAAUGUGAGGACUUCGUACACCGGACCAACUGAAUACAUGUCUUUAACUGGUGGUAUCAUGAGCCUUAUGAUUGGAUUUAGCGUUAUCUUUAUCGCCGAAAUUCUUUAUGUUGUUGUUCUAUUUUUCAUAUUAUUAUUUUUCAAACUUUAAUGUGACCAGUCAAUAGCGACAUAACUGCUGUGUUUUGUUUAUAGCUUAUGAAAUUUUAGACUUUGCCAACUGGCUAGCUGCAAGAACAGAGAGAACCCUAUGGGUAAAGCAAUCAGUGAGAGCGAUAUAUGCGAGGCUUUCCAGUUGAGCUGGGAGCAGCGCUGCGGGCAGAAAAGAUCGAUUGUUACACUUUUCAUAUCCAAGUUUUCUGGUUGGCUGGUGUGUUGGAAAACAUCAGCUACAGCAACAGCUACAAGCACUAAUUUUGUGAUAUUGCUAUCUCUUUCUUCGCAGCAAAGCUUGCAAAGU